CUCGUCCGCCAUGCCUUAGAUUGAUAAGGAAUCCGCAUCCGGCCCGGAGAUCCUGUUCUGUUUAUUCAUUCAUUCUCUCGCCCUUGUUUUACCCAACGUUUAUCUGCACUGGUGCAGAACCGCUUUUUUAAGCCGAAGCUUGGCUUUCUAUCUAAACAACAUGACGAUGCUAACUAUAGGACGUUUCCUUAGUCGGUCUCACCCGCACACCCGUGACGGUCCUACGAUCUUUUCCUUCCAGCAGAGACUCAUCAUGGAGGACGGUGGCGCCUACGAUGCGAGGAAGCCGGAGUCGGUGGCUAGCAGCAGCUCGCCCACCUUGCAACCUACAGCAGACUACGAUCUCUCAGAAACGGAAGAAGCUCUAGGCUCGGCUGAUACCUUCUACUCGCCACCUGCCUCGCCGGGGCGUUUGUCGCGCAACCCUUCCUUCUCAUACCACGAUGACUGGGAAACAUUUCCGCCUCUGGAUCAACUGACCGUGUUUGAUUUGCUGGACAACCUCUCUCUGUCGCAGAGACUGGAGAAGUUACAGCGGGCGCUCAACGCACAAAAGGAUAAAGUGAAGAGGCAGCGCGAGAAAUUGAAGUCCACUUCGAUAAAUGCCAAGGAGCGCGUUGUGGGCGAGUGGAAAAGACGAGUUCCGACGGCAGACGAACAGUUGGACAAAUAUCGCCGCCGUAUGCGGGACGGAGUCGAACGCCUCGGGAAACAAUGGAACGCGACCGCAACAGUUACGCUGCGCGAGAAGGUCUCCUUCAUCGCCGGUGUCAUGAACAUCCUUGUGAGCGGUUAUCUCCUUGGAGGGUUUCCGGAGUACUUCUACAUCUGGUUCAGCGUGCAACUGGCCUACUUCAUGCCUAUCCGUUUCUACCGGUACCACAAGCGAGGCUACCAUUAUUUCUUGGCUGAUCUCUGCUACUUCGUCAACAUGCUCUGUAUGCUCAGCCUUUGGGUCUUCCCCGAGUCGAAGAGGCUAUUUAUUAGCACGUUCUGUCUGGUAUUUGGCAACAACGCAGUUGCCAUAGCCAUGUGGCGCAACUCGAUGGUCUUCCACAGUAUGGACAAGGUGGUCAGUCUGUUCAUCCAUAUCAUGCCGCCCGUGGCCUUGCAUUGUCUUGUCCAUAUGACAUCCGCGGAGAUACUGAAAGAAAGAUUCCCGGCAAUCUACGAAAUCAAGUUCAGCGAGCCUGGCUCGCCGAACCAUUUCAACCUCCUGGAGAUGAUGGGAUGGGCAACUGUCCCCUAUAUGAUCUGGCAGUUGGCGUAUCACUGUUUCAUCACAGUUCGUCGUGCCGAAAAGAUCGCUGCGGGACGUCCGACCAGCUUCACAUGGCUCCGCAAGUCCUAUGCUAAGACCUGGAUCGGCAAAUUCGUUCUCAGUCUCCCGGAAUCGCUACAGGCCCCGGCCUUUAUGCUGAUCCAAUAUGUGUAUGCCAUCUUGACGAUGAUCCCCUGUCCUCUGUGGUUCUGGUCUCGGUGGGCUAGCGGGUUAUUCCUGACCGGUCUUUUCAUUCUGAGCGUCCAUAACGGUGCGACCUACUAUAUUGACAUUUUCGGUAAGCGCUUCCAGAAAGAGCUGGAGGAGCUGAAGAAAGAUGUCGCUCGCUGGCAAUCGUCCCCGGAGGGCCAUGUCAGUCCGUCGCUUUUAACAUCCGACAAUGCUGCGAAUGUGGCAUCGGGGUUCAAGGCUGUUGAAGAAUCGGCCAGCGGGGGAUCUGAAAAAGCCAGCAUUGAUCAGAUUCCUCCUCUCGAUGCCCAUUCAACUGGUGUAGAGAGCGGUCAGGCCGCCAACGACUCUGUGGUCCGGGAAAGAUCUUGAUACGAUACGUGAAGCACCAUACAUAAUGCCCUCCCUUUUACCUGUCUGGAGUUCCUUGUCUUGCCUAUAACCAUACAUGCGGAUCUGACUAGAUUGGAAUUGUUUCCCUCUGAUACCCAUUCAUCUCAUACUCGUUCCUUACACUGGGGUUCUUCUUUUUGUCUUGCGUUCUUGUUGUCUUACCUUGUCUUUCCCCUAUUUUUGCCUUUUCCUAUGAUGUUGGUUUAGCAACGUAUGAUUUGGAGACGUAGACUUGCGUGAUGAUUGAUUAUGCCCUACAUGAAUGACACUCUUUUCAAGCAACAUCAUAAUUAUCACUUUGGUUGGC